UUGAUAAUUACUCCUCACCGAACCCUCCUUUACGGGUCCAACAAGCCUCUGAAGUCUGACCGAUGUUUACAACGUAGAAUGGCUCUCUAACUGUCUCGCUCUCACGAUAACUUAUUAGUUAUAUGGGAUUGGGAGAGUAGACGUUGCUCAGAGCGAUCCUCGUCUGUGUCUGUCUCUCUGUUUCGCUCCCAGCCUUUGUCGCCAGAAAAAACCCGGAGUCACUGCAAUGACACCGACCGGAACCCUCGCGGGGUUCUUUUUCCUCAUCCUAGCCUUCUACUGUGGCACUGACCCUUUCAAGCAUAGCGCAAUCUCGCAAUUCCCAGACUUUGAAGCCUACGCCGUCGACAUGCCACCUUGGUCCCAGCUCCCUACUGAGAGAGACACCCAGAACUUGCUCCAGAAAUCCGAAAUCAAGUUCCUCAACCAAGUCCAGGGCCCCGAGAGCAUAGCGUUCGACCCUAUUGGCCGUGGACCUUAUACCGGUGUCGCUGAUGGGCGGGUCCUGUUCUGGGAUGGUCAGUCUUGGACCGAUUUCGCUUACACUUCAUCCAACAGGUCAGAAUUAUGUAAUCCAAAACCAUCGCCUUUAAGUUACUUGAAGAAUGAGCACAUAUGUGGCCGGCCUUUGGGGCUUCGGUUUGACAAGAAAACAGGUGAUUUAUACAUUGCAGAUGCAUAUUUUGGGCUAAUGAAGGUAGGACCAGAAGGUGGCUUGGCAAUAUCACUAACGACUGAGGCAGAAGAGGUGCCGUUGAGGUUUACAAACGAUCUAGACAUUGAUGAUGAUGGGAAUGUUUAUUUUACAGAUAGCAGCACCAAGUAUCAGAGAAGGAAUUUCAUGCAGUUGGUUUUUUCUGCGGAGAAUACUGGGAGGGUUCUGAAAUACAAUCCAACAACUAAGGAAACCAGUGUCCUUUUGAGGAAUCUCCAAUUUCCAAAUGGGGUGUCCUUGAGCAAGGAUGGUUCCUUCUUUGUCUUUUGUGAAGGAUCCAUUGGCAGGUUACGAAAGUAUUGGUUGAAAGGUGAGAAGGCAGGGACAUCAGAGGUACUAGCGGUCCUGCCCGGAUUUCCUGACAAUGUCAGGACCAACGAAAAGGGUGACUUUUGGGUGGCAAUCCACUCUCGACGAUCCAUAUAUACUUAUUUCUGCGCACUAUACCCAAAAAUCAGGAAAUUUCUCCUCAAGCUUCCAAUUUCUGGGAAAAUUCAGUUCAUGCUUCACAUUGGGGGCCGGCCCCAUGCAGCAGUUGUCAAAUACAGCCCAGAGGGUAAGCUUUUGCAGAUAUUGGAGGACAGUCAGGGGAAAGUUGUCAAGGCAGUAAGUGAAGUGGAGGAAAAGGAUGGGAAACUAUGGAUGGGGAGUGUUCUGAUGCCUUUUGUUGCAGUUUACAACUUGGCUUAAGGAGCCAAAGAAUCGACUUUCUGGUAAGGGCCAUCGUUGUCAAUGCUAGAGGUAGCUACAGCCCCCCCACCCUCUCUCUUUCUUCUCUCCUUUUCUUUUCUUCCCGGAGCCAAAAACGAAAGUGCUGCUUUACCCUUGUUUUGCACUUCUGAAGAAUCAGUGCUCUUAGGGGCAUGGACUA